AUGCCGGCAUCAGGGGACGAAUAUGUCGCCGAUGGAUCAGAUGACGACCUGCCCAGAGCCUCCACCCGCGGCCGUGCAGCGGCCCGAAGAGCAAAUGCUCGUGAAUCUGCCCAGAGCUUUGAGGUAACCCGAACUUGGGACCUGCUCAUUGAAGGCGCCGAUGGAACUAUUACAGGUGCUGUUGAGGGUCUCCUGGAGGCGGGCAAGAGGAAGAGACUCCUUAAAGACACUACACCUCUCCAGCGCGGUAUCAUCCGCCACCUGAUCCUCAUCCUUGACAUGUCUCUCUCUAUGAAUGAGAAGGAUCUCCGCCCGACCCGCUACCUGCUCACCCUUUCCUACACCGAAUCCUUCAUCCGCGAAUUCUUCGAGCAGAACCCGAUUUCCCAGCUUGGGAUAAUAGGCAUGCGCGAUGGUGUUGCCCUCAGGAUUAGUGAUAUGUCUGGAAACCCAAACUCUCACUUGUCUGCAAUACAGAAAUAUCGUAAGGAAGAGCCUAAAGGCAGUCCUUCUCUGGAAAAUGCGCUAGAGAUGGCAAGAGCAGGAUUGUUCCACUCACCCAGCCACGGGACCCGUGAGAUCUUAUUGGUGUUUGGUGCCUUGCACACUUCGGAUCCGGGAGACAUUCACAACACGAUCAAUAGUCUCGUUCACGAUAAGAUCCGUGCAACGGACGAAUGA